GCUUUAGCUCGUGGGGCUGAACACAAACUGCGGCUCGCUUCCGCACUGCUUCCUCGUUCAUUAGUUUUAGUGAAAACAGUGCCUCUAGAAGAGUAAAAAGGUGUCCUUUUCUCUGACUGGAAAAAGAGAAAAUAACCCACAAAGAUUUAAGGUGAGUUUACAGUUUGUUUGAGAUCUUUUUUGACCGUUAUUGACCGUUUUAAAGUUAGAAAAGUCUAACCAGAGUUAGCAGCUAAUUAGCAUCGUCUCCUCUGUUUCUUGUACUGCCUUUCCCCAGACAUGUCGGUAACUUAUCGGGCAAGCCUGAACUGCUAUUAACAUUUAUCACAAGAUAUCCGAGUUAUAUAAUCAGAGAGCGAACAGCUUCUUUAAAACGAUGGUUGUUGUAUUUUUCUUGUGUUUUCAGACCUGAAGAGCCAGUCAACGUGGCUGUUGUCAAUAGUUGGAGCAUGAAGUCAUCUGCUCUCCUCGCUGAGACCUCCUAACAUACUGGUUUGAGAUACAGCCUGUCCACACAGAUCACUUGAUGUGCCCAAUAAGGGAAAGCUGACAGCGUUUCCAGGAUAUAAACCAACAUCUGAAUUUCUCUGCUCCAUAAAAGUCUUGAGUUUGGUGUCAGGUCUGAAUGGCCACAGCUGCAGAGGAGCCUCCGGGGCUGCAGGGCCACUCUGGCUGUAAGUACUGUGUUAUUAUUUUACACCAGCUCUCAUUUAGAGGGAUAAAACAGAUAAGGUUUGGGGUGUAACGUUGCCUAAAUGACGCAUAUAGUCGUGACAUGAACCUGGGUUAUUGAUCCAAAAGUCUGGAGCUUAUCAGAGUAAGUUGUUGCAUUAUGCACAUGUGAGUCUUCCUAGUUUGACAAAACGUGCGAGAGCUUUUUAAAGGUAAUCCUAAGGGGUAUUUGAAGCUAUGUCUACUGUUUGUGUACACUGAGUUUAUCAGACAAAUCUCUCCUGAAACAAACCAAUGAAAUACCUCCAUGAAGGGACUUGUUAUCAGUUGAAUAGAAACACUGUCUUGACUCAAAGGUCAUGUUGGAGCAUUGAGUUUAUGGUGAUUUAGAGGAUUGUCCAGUUAUGUCCAGAUAAAAUGUCCUGAUAUUUUGUCUUACAGUCUAAUCAAUUUGUGGGACGAAAUAUGGAAAUACUUGUUGGUAUAGUUGUCAAACUUCAAAAAAGGAAAUGACUGUAAUUGUAUCAUUAAGUCAACAAAAUAGUUUUUGUUGUUUUUAUGUUGAAAGAGAUGGUCAAUAUUGACACAACAAAGGUUAUACUAUCUUGACUUUUAGCCACCACUAAAAGUCAUGCACUAAAAUUCCUAAUUUCUUCAUUUUCCAUAAUGCAACCAAUAGUACCUUAUUAGUUUGACGUAUUUAGUAUCUAUCUGAAACAUGUCAGACAUGCUUAUUCCUCUUUUCUGCUUUUGUUUUGACUAAGUAUCCCAAUAGAGACUCUUGAUGACAUCCCCAGGGCGAUUCUCUGAGACCCAACCAGGCUAUCCUCUCUUUGUAUCUCUCUCUAGCUCAGGGGUGUCAAACUCAACCACAGCAAGGGCCAUAAUCUGGAUUUAGGUCCAACUUGAGGGCCAAACAGGGUCAACAUUUUACCAAAACUGUCCAACUCCUUUUCAAAAAUAUGUAACAAAAAUAGCAAUGACUAUAAAUCAUUUGGAAAUUCUAAAGAGAUAAAAAGAUAAGUUUAAAGGCAACAUGAGAUAGAAAAAAAUAUAUUCUAUUCUAUUUGUAUUUAUUAGUACAAAAGAUCAGAGCAUGAUAUUAAAAAUAAAUAUAAUGCAUUUAAAGAGCAAAUACAUGAGGAGAACAUUGAAAUCGAGUAUAAAAGGUCAAAAUAUGACUUAAAAUUCAAAAUUGUAAUCUACAGUAUAAAAAUGACACAAGUUCAAAUACUGAGUUGAACAAAAUCAAAGCAUGAAAUAAAAAUUCCAAUCAUGUUUGACUUGUAAUCUUGAAUUGCAAAAUUGAAAACAUGAACUAAAACACCAAAUAUUUUUUCCCCACAUUCUUGACUAUUUAUUAAAUCUUCCUUACUCUUUCAUUUCCCAGAUUUUCAUGGUUUGCGACUUCCAUACAGCUCUGGCAAAAUUUACACGAAGGCAAAUAGGAUUGCUGUUAUUUCCUUGAAACUUUUCAUGUACUCAAGAACACAGGUUUUUAUCACAGAGCUCAGAACAUUGGUCAUUGGUUCUGGUUGAACUCAUUUUAAUAGUAAUAGCAUACUUAUCUAAUUCCUCCCACUGCCCACAAAGACCUGCAGAGUCAGUUCUGGAGGAGACUCUCUUCCCUCAGAGGUAAUGAACGAGGUGCGUCUGCAUGCUUGUUUCAAAGUCGAGCUGCACUCUGUGUGUGUCAGGGAGUGGUAGAAGCUACUUUAGGUUGUGUUGUCUGAUAUUAAUGCAUCCAGUGAUGGAUUGAGACUUGUUGAAUUAACUCAUACUUCUUCUUGUUUUUGUUUGUAUCUCCUCCAAAAACGUUGUUCUUUUUGUAUUCUCUACAGAUUCGACCGGGGUCAGAAAAAAUGCUUCUCCCGAGGUAAGAAAAGUGUUUCUUGUUUUUUUAAAUGGAAUUGCAUCAAACUUCGUGUCAGUUAUGAAACUUUUCCGCUAAUUCUUCGAUUGUGAGAGAUUCACUGGUAUUUAGCUGACAUGUCCUCUGUUCCUUCCUCUUUUGCAACAACAACAAAUCGCACAUUGCUGCACACAUGAAAUGUAGUUCCCAAACUUCCUUUUAUUUUCCCUUUCACUGUGUUUGUCCUGACAGGGUCCGAGUGCGACCAUGUCUCCAAACAUGAAAAAGACUAUCGGCCAUCGUGGAAUUGAUCCAACUGGGGAGACAACAUACAAGAAGGUGACGAAUCAGCUGUUAUUGACUCUGAUACAUGUACAUGAAUUCACCUCGGACUGCUGUUGCCCUUGUUUUCACUCAGAUUAUUUGCACGUUAUUAAAAUGAGAUCAGCAGAAAAUUGUAAAUAGUCCUUCAUGAGCACUCAGAGCCAGAACAUCUUCAUGUUUCAUAUUUUGUCUGACCAAAACAAAAAGAUUUAAUCAUUUUCAGGGGACAAUAUUUUGAGUUUCUUGACAACUUUUAAGUAACAUUUUUCACAUUAGCAGUUCAAGGCAUGUCUUUUUAUGCCCUCCACUGUGCCGAUCUUGGGAGAUAGUAAGAGGCAAACCAGUAUUAGACUUCUAAGUGUGUAUUUUUGUAACUCUGUUGUUUGUAAGUUGUGCCCCAUGAAUGCAACACCGAAUAAGACACUGGGACAUCAAUAAUGUAUAGUAUCGUGUUGGUAACACUCACAAUGAAAAGAAUUGGAAGUGUAUUUACUAAAUUCACUGAACUCUGCUGUUUUCUCUCACCUGGAUUUUUUUGGCACUGAGAUUUUGAAAUCGACCCCAGCAGUGACAGACGGUAUUUGAUACUUUCUCUUUCAGACUACAUCAUCUGCUCUGAAAGGUGCGAUCCAGUUAGGCAUCACGCACACUGUUGGCAGCCUGAGCCAGAAACCUGAGCGAGAUGUACUGCUGCAGGACUUUGAAGUAGUGGAAAGCAUCUUCUUUCCCAGGCGAGUCUUUUGAAUAAUUAAGAGGAAAUGUGUCAUGACGACGAUUAGAUGUGUGCUUUAUUUCCUGAGAUGGGAUGUUUUGUCUCCAUUGCAUUAAUUUACUGAUUCACCCCUCUUUGUAUGUGCUGUAAGUGACCCUCUACCUUGUCUGAUUUUAACUCGCAGUGAGGGGAGUAACUUAACACCAGCCCAUCACUAUGGAGAUUUCAGGUUCAAGACAUACGCCCCAAUCGCUUUCCGCUACUUCAGGGAGAUGUUUGGUAUCCGGCCUGAUGACUACAUGGUAUUCUUGUUCACUCAGCAUCUUAAAUACUCUGAAAAAUGUGAAGCAGUGUUUGCUCAGAGGGGAAGAGAAGGGCUGUGACUUGUGAGAAGGUUAUGGUGAAUGAGGAACUGGAAAAAAUGAAACUAGAAAAGUGUUGACACACUCAAAGGUGGAGCUGGAUCCGCUGACUUUUACCCUCUCUAUCUGUGUUGUGAAUGUGUUUCUUAUCAUGUCAUGACUGCUGUUCUCUGUUCUGGUUUCAGUACUCUCUCUGUAAUGAGUCGCUGAUCGAGCUCUCCAACUCUGGAGCCAGUGGAUCUCUCUUCUACCUCUCCAGCGAUGAUGAGUACAUUAUUAAGACAGUACAGCACAAAGAGGCCGAAUUUCUGCAGAAACUGCUCCCAGGAUACUUCAUGGUAAGAUUUAUGAGGAGCAUUAGGUACAAGAUGAUAACUGGAGAAACUGUGGGACAUUUCACUCAGUAACACGCCCUAAUCUUUAUCCUUCUGCCUGCUUGUCUUUGUCAUUAAAAGCAAAGUCCAGUGAUACCACAGCUGCUCUUGAUGAGAAGGAUAGUCAAAUAAUAGAUUUCAAUCAAUCAAUCAAUCACUCAAACUUUAUUUUUAAGCAAUUUUCAUACAUAGAAUGUAGCACAAAGUGUUGUCCAUUCAAGCAGGAUAUUAAAAACAAUGAAAUAAAAUAAAUAAUAAUACAAAUACCAAACACCACCCACUCUCCCAACCCCCAUUCAACACAUACAGCACUCACACACACAGAUACAUACACAAAAGAUGAUGUGAGGACUCUUCAACUUGCCACAGAUGACUGAGGAAAUGCUGUCUUGAGUUAAAAAAACGAGGAAACACUGGAUCAAGGACUAAAACGAUAAAACAAUGAUAGAAUAUAAUAAAAGUGAUAAAGCGUUAAAGGUAAUUAAAUAAAACAGUCUUAAAAUCAAACAAUAACAGAAAGUAAAUUAAUAAAGAGGUAAUAAAACACUAAAUAAUAACUCUAGGACUAAAACAGGGUACAAUCACAUAGUGCUGAUUAAAAGAUUAAAACAAAAUUCAACUAAAAGCCAGACUAAAAAGGUCGGUAUUGAGUUUACUUUUAAAAAUAUGAAAAGAUUUAAUGAUUAAAACUUGCAUCUGAAUUUUUUUAUCGAUAGUUGGUGUCCUUUUUUAUAAGAAAAAGCUUUUUUUUUUUUUUUUCAGAUGGUUAGCUGAUCUGAAAGACAAAAUUAGUUUAAUUUCUCAUCUAUGGGCAAUCAGUAACAAAACUCACUAUUUAAGGGUUUAUUUAGGUUAAAACACAAAAAAUCAGAUCAAGUUAUUAAUGAAUAAUUUUAAAUAUAAUGUAUUUUUAAAAUGUGAUAAAGAUUUAUAAUUUAAAAAAAAGAACUAUUAUCAAAGAGACACCAGCUUUUAUUUUGAUUAUAAAGUUUGAGAGACUCAAUAGAUGCAAGAGAAUCAUGUCAGGACAAUGUGUUGAUUCUGCAGCGAGCUCAACCGGCGCUCAAGUCUGAUUUUCAUAUUUAACUUUGUUUUCUUUCCUCUCCUCUCACCCACAGAAUCUGAACCAGAACAAGCGGACCUUGUUACCAAAGUUUUACGGGCUCUACUGCGUCCAGGCAGCAGGAAAGAACAUCCGUAUUGUAGUCAUGAACAAUCUGCUCCCGAGCACCGUUCGAAUGCACCUUAAAUAUGAUCUGAAAGGGUCCACCUACAAAAGACGAGCCUCAGCUAAAGAAAGAGACAAGGCUGUGCCCACGUAUAAGGAUCUGGAUUUUAUGCAGGACUCACAAGAGGGGCUGUUGAUGGAGGGAGACAAGUACAGUGCUGUUUGCAAGACUAUCCAGAGAGACUGUCUGGUAAAAAAAAUGACAGAUAAAGCCUCUUGUGCUCAUCUUUAUAUCUUUUUUCGUGUAUUUUUUCCUAAAUCAGCUGUUUUCUCUUAUCUUGUUUUCUUUGAUUGUCAUGCAGCUGUUGCAAAGUUUCAAGAUUAUGGAUUACAGCCUUCUGGUGGGGAUCCACAAUCUAGACCAGGCUUGUCGAGAGCAGGUCAGCGAAGAGGCAGUUGCCGCAGCUGCAGACCAAAGGAGACCCCAAGGUCAAAAGUCUCUGUACAGCACCGCCAUCGAGGCCAUCCAGGCGGAGGCAGGGAGCAUGGGAUCAACGGAAACAGAGGACCAGUGAGUGACCGUGUUUCUGUGACUAUCCGCUGGUCUUACAGGAGGAGGCAAGUUUCUGAUGUAAAAGACUGAGCCGAACAUGACGUUUCUUUGUGUGUUUUCCUGACAGGACGGGAGGAAUCCCAGCACGCAAUGCAAAAGGCGAGAGACUGCUGGUUUAUAUGGGUAUCAUUGACAUUCUGCAGUCCUACAGGUAAACAGUACACACUUGGUGGAUUCAUGUGGUCAUCGUUCAGUCAGUGACUCUUACAAAAGGUCUUCACAGUCAGUAUUGAAGUUUUGUCAGUGGAUUGCUCAUUACUGGGUUAACUCUGACAGAAACAAGUCCUAUGCAUGAAAAUUCAUCUUAGAUAAUUCAAACUGGGUCCUUUACUAGCUUUCUACCUGCAUGAAUAUGAUUGGAUGUAAUUCUCUGCAUGGAUUAGUCAACUGUGCUGCAAAUAGCCACUGAGGCAAAACUUAAAAGUGGAAGUUAGUCCAGCUCUUCUUCUGAGAAUUUGAUAUCAUGUGACUCCUUUUAGUAAUCCACUUUCUGUUUGUGUGUGUGUGUUUUUUUUUUCUUCUUCAGAUUAGUAAAGAAGCUCGAACACUCAUGGAAGGCUCUGGUUCAUGAUGGGGUAAGGUACUUCGCUAACUUCAGUAAGCGUGUCUUAAACUAUAAAGAUAUAUUUGUAACCUCUGUUCUCCCCCCUUUUCAUCAAGGACACUGUGUCUGUACACAGACCAAGUUUCUAUGCAGAACGGUUCCAGAAGUUCAUGUGCAACACAGUCUUCAGGAAGAUCACAUGUGAGUAUUUACUGUUUUUGUGCAGAAGCAUCAACACAUGACAGGCUGAUACAUAGACCACAGCAGAAGCCUAAGAGAAGCUUCACUAUGUGCAAUAAGAUCCCGUUGGAUUUGUCCCACUUACAUUAAAAAUGCCAUCACAUUUUUUCCUGCUGCAUUUAUAAAGGCUCACCCUGACUUUUGCAAACAUUUACAAAUAUGCAGACAGAGCCUUAGCGAAAAGAAAAGCCUGUUUGCAUUUGAGGCUUAGACAUCCUGAGUUUCAAGUAUGACUGCAACAGCUCAAAAACUUACUAAAGAGAGAUUAUCACUGUUUCUAUGUUGAAAAGAUCCUGUUUGAAGAGGUUAAUAAUCAUACAACUGUACAGUCAAAUUUAAAAUGUUAUCUUGUGUAUUACAUGAUUUUUUGUAGCAUCAAACAUAAAGUUUAGUUUGUUAAUCUCUGACUGUAGUAGACGAAUGAUUUAUGGUUGGAUUACAAAUGUGACCAUCAGGUUGGUACUUUGAUUAGACUUUGGCAAAAGUUUAAAAAGCUGAUGCAGCAGCUGCUCAAAGUUUUGGAUCAGUUCACACAGCAGAAACAAAACAUGAUGUUUGCACAUGAGCACUGAGGUGUGUGGUUAUUCUGCAACACUUCUCGGCCUGCAUAAUUUUAUCAGUGCAAGUCACAGCAGAUCAUACACAGCAUAGUUCAGAUUACUACCUCAGAGAAACAGGAAAAUGCCAGUUUGCGUUCUUUUACUACUUUACUGAAUUUGUGUUUGAUAUUCGAAGUCACUGUAUGGUCUUUAAGUUAACUCUUCUUCUUCUUUACUCUGUAGUAAAGACAUCUCCAUCUAAGAAGCGCCGUGCAGUUACGCACGGUCCUCCGAGGAAGACAGCUGGCUCAGGGCCUCCUUUGUCAACCCAAACAAGCACAAACAGCCAGACAGUUUCCUACCAACAUCAAAUGAGCACUGACACCAGAGAAGAUGCUGAAGUGGACUACAGUAAGAGCUGGAAACAGAAACCUAUGUUUUGGUCGUCAUGCUGAAAACAUUUUUGUGUUACUGAUACUGCAGUCCUCCUGCGUGUACCAGCAUGUGAAGCGCUUCUUUCCCAGCAUGGAAUUAAAAGCUUUUCCUCCCUUCCCACCCAGGCAUGCAGUCAGGACGUCCUGACCUCCUCCCAAACACCUCACUACCAAGCCAAGGUGUUGGCAGUGCCUCUGAAACCACAGCCUCCUUCUCCUCCUCACUGGGAAACUCUGACUUUGCUCCAACAGCUCAGCCUUCACCUCUCUCUCAGGGCAGCAGCAGGUCAGGGGGAGUGGAUCUACAUAACAUGCUGAUUAAAGCUCAAGAGCACAGCACCCUCCAGAGGUAAGACAGAGACACACAGGAAGAUCAUUAUUUAUACUUUAUAUGAGACAUUAUUUCAAGUGUAUGGAUACUGGAAUUAUAUCUUCAUUUUUUUUCUUCUACUGUUUUACUUUGUCACAGUUCCCAGGAUGGGACUCUUGAGGACAGCCUUAAUUCCGUGGACGUGAUCUCCCUCAGUGACAUUGUGCCUUCUGCAGGCAAAUGCUCUGUAAGUCGAAAGAAUUACCUUCUCAAGUUUCUGUGACAUUUUUUCUUGAUCCUUUUCUAACCUGGUUUUUAUUUCCUUUUCAUCACAGGUGUAGAUGUGAGUACGAAUAACGGACCCAAACAAGUGGAACAAACUUUGAGAAUAUUUUGAGCACGGAUCAAAUGUUACAACCCUUCCUUGGUGUGAUUUGAGGUACCACGAUCGAUUCUGUGUAUAGCAGCGUGACCAAGUGGGACUCUUCUUGUUGUCUUUAUUUUUGCACUUUUUCUCAUCCUGGUAUGAAUUUUAUGAGUGUGUGUGGUUGUGUUCUGACACUAGUAAUCGUGUUAACGUUGAUGCUGUGUUGUUAUUGAACACUAUUAUUCAUCUCAGAGGAAUGCAUGGAUGCACAACCAAAGAUUUUUCUUCCUUCCCUUGAGCUCUGAGGACUCUGCCUUAUUCCAGAACAAAACCUCUUUGUUGUUUAACAUUCAUUGUCUCAUUCUUUGAUAUUACUUCGUCUUCUAUGAAUAUAAAAUUGCUGUAGCACCUCUUUACACAGUUCUCUUCCCUUACAUCUUAACAUACUUACACACAAAACUCUUUUAAAUGGAUUGAGGACAAAGGUUUUUAAUAAAAUUAUUAACUUUUUAUAGAAGUUACCAUAUUAACAAGAGUUAACAGACAUUUUAAAAGUUCUUUUGAAUAGAAAUCGUGCUGGAAAAAACGUUGAUCCUCAGCUUGCGGUUACUUUUUAAUCAGUUGUUGUAAUGGACCAUAAGAACCUGAAGAACACUGUGAAUCUGUCACCUUCCACAUUCAGAUCUAACACAUUUGCACACUGUAUCUAGUUUCACAAUAGUUUAUCAAAGACCUGAUGCGAAGAUAGUUGUGGAUGGAGCACAGCACAAAAAGCAGCGACCCUGAGGCUUGUCCUUUGAAGCAGGACGAGUGUGCGGUUUCAUUUGCUUUUUCCUCAGUGAUCGGAGUAAGAAACUCCUGCUGAGUCUUUGCCUCCAGUGCAACCGAGCAAACCCUCACAGAUCGAGUCUGAGGGUGAGAUGAAGUCAUUAUUCUUACAGGGUCUCACUUUACUAUUACACAAUGUCUCACAAAAGUACUAAAAAGCAAAGAGCCCAGCAUGACUUUAUUACAAAGACAGUACAAUCACUGUUUUUCAUUAUAGUGUGUGAUGUUUGGUUAGUUUUAAAGUCAAUGCUUGCAUUACAAGCAAAUGCCCCUUUGUGGCUGUAAAACUCUUAGUAAUAGAGCACAGCUUAGAUAAUUCUUCAAACUACCUUGUGUAAAUAAAGAGUACUGUUGCUCCGUUGAUAUCUGUUGGUCCACUGCAGCUUUAUGUAUGAACGCUUAAGCUGAAGCCCCGAAGAACCAAUUUUGAUUUAGUCGCCGCAGCCUGGACGAGAGAUUCGAGUGUAGAGGGUGAAUUAACGGCCUCACGUGUUGUAACCUAGCUGCUGUCCGUACAGCCAGUGAUUGUAACACUGUGUUUUGUUUGCAUUUAGAUAGUGUUAGAAGAGUUAUGUCAAUUUGAACAUAGAAUAUAUAAAGACCAGGCUGCUUCAGAGAGUGAAUAGCAGCAAACUUUAAGAAGUGAACUGGGGCCAAAAAGGAAAGGUAUCAGAGACGGUGAAUAGGAAAUUUGGUCCUGCUGUUGAAUACUGGAUCAAAAACUGGGCUGGUGCUGCUUUCGCUUUUAAAACUUCUUACACUUUUUUUCAUUAUUUGUUUAAAUAAGCUGCUAAAACUAAAAAAAGCAAACUAUUUUCUCAACUUUAUGUGGAUUCAGCAAAUGUUUUCUGUAACCUUUGUUCAUAUUGCAUAUCAGAGCCUACUUAUGAAUUAAUUUAUCACAGAUGGUUUUUGUUAUUUUUUCUGGUUUUAGGGUUCCUGUUCCUUCCUUUUUUUCAUAUAAAGCAGUGAUUAUGCAUAUGAAUUGUUGUAUGAAUCGUAACUUUUGUUCUUGUAAGCGUGAUUAGCUUCUGGUGAACUCACAGAGAUGGUCAUGACAGCGUUGAUGCAGAAUAGUGGCUGUUAGCUACGUGAAACCGAGAAUUUAUGGACGAAUUUUGGAGAGAGGACCGGGCUGUGGACACAUUUGGUGAUGACUGCCCAGUUGUGUAAAACUACAAGAGACAAAAUGUUCUCAAACUCAAGCUACAUAUUUUUUUAUUCGGUUCCAGGCAGUUUUGGCACUCAAUAUGGGUGUGAGGGGUUUUAACUUGGAUGUAACUGCUGAGGCAGGUUGAGUCUUUCAGUGUGUAAAGCAGAAAAUAAUGUAUUGUGAGUAUAUUCAACUGGCUUAAAAUGAGUAAUUUACAUUUUUACUUGACCAUGAAACAAAAUCUAUGUACUCCAUAAAACAUUAGAAAAAAUAUGGAGCAUUUUCAUGAGUAUUACGAAUGUUAGGUGAUGGUUAUUUUAGUUUGCUGGCUGGUAAAUCAAACUCCAAAUCAGAGUGUUCAUGUGUUUAAAGAGAAAAUCUUCCUUAACUGUUAACCCUAAGCAGCUACACACACACAGCCUAUGGCCCGGACAUGUAGAUAGUCAAAUGUAUCAUAGUAUUUAUAUCUGUAUAUUUGAAAUACUCUUGUUUCUGAAGUGUUCAUAAAUGGGAGUGGUCGAUUUAAACGUGCCUUUCUUUGGUGUCUACAGCCUUUGUUGUAAAAGUCCUUUAAUCUUUGAGAUGAUUUUUUGUUGUUAUCACACCCGUUGAAUCAUCCUGUAUUAUUUUCUGUGACCUUAAUUAAUCUUCACUUGCCUUUGAAUUAUAUAUACGAUUAAUGUGUGCCCACCUGUAUACAUGCAUCACAACACUGCCUUUUCACUGAAGAUGUAUUUGAUAUUUUUCUUCUUCUAUUUCUUAUUUUAAAAAAUUAUUUUUUUCUGUACACUUGAGGCUAAAAUGACAAAUAAAAAAGGCAUGAUGCUUUUGUAUAAAUUGAACUAUACAGAUUGUUGUCUGUAUCAGAGUUGGGCUAUAUAACUGCUAUGCAUACUGUAAGACAAUAUUAAAUUGUGAACUAUUGGGCAUUUUACUGUAAAUGAUCCUUUUUGUAUUUCCUCUUGCAAAGCUGCAAAUCAAUAAAAAUGACUUGUUCAAAAAUAUA